AGGAAAAUUCGGCUAUGUUGAUAGAAAGAUAGAAACAUAGAAAAUGUACAUUAGGAUGGCCCAACGGAACCCAGCGACAUUCAGCAAGUACCUUGCACGUGUAUGUGUGCGGUUAAAUUUGGGACAUUCAUUCAGUGUCACGCUGUUUGUUGUUAUUGUUUUGCUUUACUGUUAAAAAUUUAAAAGAAAAUGCCGAAAAUUGUGAAAAAGUAGAUGAAAAAAUUCAAAAAUCCCUCCAAUAUACCGUUGAGCGAGACCUUCAUGUGAAUGAAUAAAGAAUUUGAAUAAAGAAUUGGUGUGACCACCAAACCCAAAGCAUCAGAAAGGUAGUUUUAAUUCGGUUGGAUUAAGACGCAGGUUCCCUGCCGACACUUCCGGAAGGAAUUCUACAGGCGGGGAUACUGACCACUAUACUACCGAGUAAAGCAAAGGAGUUCUGUGCUCCUAAAGUCUCUUUGUUAAAAAUGAAAUUCAGCGAAUAUUGCUGUUCGUGUUUUGCAAAGAAUACACCAUCUACGUCUAUUCGGUCACCUUUUGAGGGAGAUCACACAAUUUCUUCUGCAUUCCUGCAAAUAUUCUCCAAGGAUCUCCUCUCCAGUGUUUCUUCAGUAUUUACGGAAAAUAUGUGUGAUGCCUGCAUUGGGCAAUUCAGGAGUACCUUCAAAUUCUGGACAAAGUGCGAGGAGGCACAGAAGAACUUUUCCGUUUUAUUGGAAGAGAGAAAGAUUCCUGCAGUGCAGGACAAUGAAGCAGCUGAUGGAGGAAGUUCAAAUGCAGAUGAGGAUGAAGAGGCAGCUGAAGAAAUAAAUAUCAAUUCUGCUGCUUCGUUGAAAGAUCACAUGGAUGACAUUCACAAGGAUCCGUCAAAAGAGUUAUUAUGUGAUAUUUGCGACUUCAUGACUACAAAAAAAUCCAAGCUUGCCUCACAUAUGCUCCAGCAUAGAAAAGAAAAAUCCUUCAUUUGUAGAGAAUGCAAAAAAGUUUAUUCCACCCGGAGUGCAUGGAAGAAACACAUGAAUAAUGUCCAUUUGGGAGGUACUAAAGUUCCAUCCAUAAAUAAUUUCUUAUGCAGCAUCUGUGGUAAGAAUUUCGGCACGAGACAGAGAUUGCAGCAUCACACUGUAACUCAUACGGGUGAGAAGAAGUUCCCAUGCACCCUGUGCGAUAAAACUUUUGCCACAUCAAGUCGUCUCAAGAACCACAUUAGGGUACACACGGGAGAGCGUCCGUAUAAGUGCGAAUGCGGCAAGAGUUUUUCCCAGAGGAAUGUACUCGUGUGCCAUAGGCGUUUGCACACAGGUGAGAAACCAUUUCAAUGUAGCAUUUGCCAGAAGGCAUUUAGGCAGUAUGCCACACUGAAGACGCACAUGGCUAUACACACGGGGAAACCAAUUGAGUGCCCGGAUUGCAAGAAAACCUUCUGCAGAAUAUCCUUCCUGCACGUGCACAUGCGAAAGCACACAGGUGAGAAACCGUAUGCAUGCGAUCGAUGCCCCAAUCGAUAUCGCCAGAAAUGUCAUCUGGAUCAACAUAUGGACACCCACGAUGGGGUGAAGUAUCAAUGCGAGGUGUGCAAGAAGGAAUACUCAAAGAGAUGGAGUCUCAAGAUUCACAUGUACACCCACACGGAAGGGACUCGUUUCAAAUGUCCAGAUUGUGAUUCCUCAUUUGUACGGAAGGACAAGUACAAAAGGCACCUAAGAACGGUACAUGGGAAAGAUAUGGAAUCUCCUAGUAAUAAAUAUAUUUUGGUUCCAGGUAGUGAAAAUAUCAAUGCAGUCACUUAUCAAUUAGUACAAGUUCCCCAAGAAGCUCAAUUAACCAUUGUUGGUGAUGAUGAAAGUGGUGGUAUGUUAAUAAAUUAGUCAUUCAUAUAUUACUUUAUUGAGGUGAUAAUGAAAAGGAUAAAUAAUGAGCCGGAGAAUAUGUGCAAAGAUUGCCCAGAAUUGCCUCAAUUUGAGCAUCACAUCCGUAUAUCAGAAGGAAGGCUAUCCAACAAUUAGAGAAUUAGCAGAUUUUCCGGUGAUUUGGGGGGUGAGUUCAUUAAAUAUGUUUCUCAAUGAAAAGCACAUGUUUUGUGUACAAUAUAUGUACAAAUAUUACCGCCCUCACCUCUAUAUAUUCUCCAUAUAUGUAUUUAAUGUACACCGGAACCAGUUUGCAUCAUUCUGAAAUAAAUCAAAACAAAUAUAUUGCAUUCAAAUACAAAUAAAUUUACAUUUUCUUCAAAUAA